GUAUGUAUAUGCGCCGCCGUCGCAGAAACAGCAGCAGCGAAUGGUCACGGCUGUGUUGUGUUUUGAUGGAGAACACAGAAUCAGGACACGAUCCGUCGUUUGAUUCGUGACACCGACAGCUGUGUGAGAUCUGGGGCAGCGCUGUCAUCGAGCGGGAAGUAUGCAGGAAAAGGGUUUGUUAUGGGUUCCAGACUCAAAGGCAGCCGCGUUAGCAUCAUGGUAGCCGCGUAGGUGAUGUUGUAGCCAGCCAGCCUGUCUGUCUGCUCCGGUGUUCGGACCCGCUUUGUGUGCAGUCGUCGGUCGGUUCGUAGUCUCUCUGGAAUGCAUCUCUCCAAGAAAUGUUCCGCCUUCAAAGUGGUGCUGAGUGCUCUGCUGAUCGUGGCGCUCCUGCAGCUCAUCUACCUGUCCUUCUUAUCCAGGUUUCACGGGAAGCAGCAGCGGUAUCGAUACUCGGAGCUCUUCGGAAGCUCCGCGGGCAGGAAAAAUGCCCACACCGAGAAAAACUCGCGCAAGGAGCGUCUGAGGUACUCACUAUCUACCGGUGGGAUCUUUGACAACAGUGGUCAGUACCGGAUCUACAAGAACCUGAUCAAAAGUGAUUUCACCUCUGAUCUGAAACCAGGAUCCGAGCCCAAUGUCCUGGCUCUGGGUACCCACACAACCAUCAACAACCUGCAUCACCUGGAGUCCCUUCUGGACAGGUGGCAGAACCCUCUCUCUGUGGCCAUAUUUGCACAUGGGCAAGACGUGAAGUUUGCCACAGCCCUGGUCUACGCGCUCAGCUUCUUCUGCCCCCACAUCCAGGCCCUGGUGGACUUCCACUUAGUGUGCCUCUCAGGGGAGAUGGCCAGCUUCCCUGAGCAGGACCGGGAGCAUUUUGCAGGUCUUGAGGACUGUCCUUCUGUGUUUUCCAGACUGGAGACAUACAGGGACAAACACAAGAACUACGCCAUCAGUGGGAACGUCUCUUACCCCAACAACCUCCUUCGAAAUGUUGCCAGAGGGGGCACAGAGUCCUCCUACAUCUUGGUCAUUGACAUCGACAUGAUGCCGAGCGCCGACCUGCACCAGCAGUUCCUGGACAUGAUCACGAAGCGUGAGCCAGCCAGUGAUGAGGUUUUCGUCCUUCCUGCCUUUGAGAUCCGUCACGCAAGAAAGUUGCCGGGUACUAAGUCGGAGCUGGUCCAGCUCUAUCAGGUAGGAGAAGUCCGGCCGUUCUACGAGGAGCUGUGUCCUCGUUGUCAAGCCCCCACCAACUACUCGCGUUGGGUCAACAGCCACGUGAGAGAUACAGGUACCUUGGAGGUGGCCUACACGCUCACCUGGGUGGACCCCUGGGAGCCUUUCUACAUCGGAUCUCGCACUGUGCCGCUUUAUGACGAGAACUUCAAGCAAUAUGGUUUCAACCGAAUCAGCCAGGUUUGUACGACCUUAGAAACCUUUGUUUGAAUCACAAAACGAAGUUCACUUAGCAGGGGUCAAAAAGUUAGCGGACAUGUAGUAGAAAGUUGAGGUUGAGGGAAACAGCCUGGUCGUUUCUGGGGUAAAUUUGGGAGCAUUUUCAGUCUAGGUAGAAGACUGUCCUUGGCAGAUGUCAACACUGUCCUGAUGCCAUCCCUUUACCUCUAAAUACAGUCUUCAGCUGGUUCACUGUUGACUUCUCACUCCACCUCCCUUAAAGAUGUCAAAAGUCUUUAUAGUAUUAUCUUAUUUUGUUUGUACUGAAUUGAACCGCAUCAUGUUGUUUGUAUUGUGGAUACACGGUAGAUAGCCUUAAGUCGAAAACAUACAGGAUCCGUAGUAUUGAGCGCGUUCCGUAUUUGCGCCGUAGAGCAGCAUUGGGUAUCGCAUACAGGAUGCGUAUUUGGAGUGUAGCAGCAGCGUAGUGCAGCCCCGGUCAGCUGGGCUCGGUCAAGUCAAGUCAAGUCAAGUCAAAACCGUCUGGUUUUUAGGACGCUCAACAGCAACUGGCCAGGGGACCUUGAGGCUCUGGCUGGGGAGUGGUGAUACAGGAGCUCGGACAGGUAAGGAGGGGCAGGACCAUUGAGGGCUUUAAAAACGAUUAAAAGAAUUAUAAAAUCAAUGCGGAAGCGGCCUGGGAGCCAGUGAAGGGUCACUAAAAUAGAAACUAUGUGGUCGCGCUUUAGUAUUUCUCAUCUACACGAACUGAUACACAGUUGGGAGUUCGCAUACGUUGUUUUGUUUUGAAAUAACAGAUGACAUACUUGGUUUCCUUGACUUGUCUAGAACGAUCUUCUCUGCGUGGAUUGACGCAUAUUGAAAGCGUAGAACAGCAAAAAUAGAUGAUCUCGAUACGAUACUGCGACGGAGCUGAUACGCGUCUCGUAUGCGAUGCUGCGUUGAAGAAUGGCAACCUAUUUGCUGCGUGAUGAGCGAUGCUGCUACCACGCUCCAAAUACGCAUCCUGUAUGUUUUAGUCUUUAGCUGUAUAACAAAGCAAAUGAGAAUUAACCAGACAGGAAGACUCUAAAGAAAGAAAUCGUGACCAAAAAUUUGAGCUUAAAGUCGGGGUAUCUAGGUUUGGCCGCUCUCGUUUCAAUCUCUCACAACCCAUGAUCCAAUCUAGCCUUCUUUUAAAUGUUUUAAAGAUGUGAUUUUGGCCUUAAAAAGCAGCAGCUGUCAUUCGCCACAGCAGAAUACAUUUGCCAGUUUCCUUUCUUUGAUUCAGCUCCUCUUCCUCUUCUAUCCGUCAUCACCUCCUCUACCCGUCGCCUCUCUUUCCCCCUCAUCACUUCCCACGUACAUGUGUCCCUCUUUUCUAAUCCUGUCUCCCCGCCUCUCUCUCCCCUCGCAGGCCUGUGAGCUCCACGUGGCCGGGUUCAGGUUCUCGGUGCUGAGCUCAGCCUUCGUGGUGCACCGCGGCUUCAAGAUCCAGGGGGAGUUCCACGCCAAAAAAGACGAGGAGAACAAACAGAACCGGAUUCUGUUUCGCAGUUUCAAAGAAGGCCUGAAAACCAAAUACCCCUCCUCCAGCCGGCGAUGCUGAAACAAAACGAAGACUACGGACACACAUUUCUCUUAAUCCAGACAGAUUUAGCUCCUAGUCAGGCUCUCCCUGUCCAGAUCGCCCCACUUUCUCCCUGAUUUCCUCUGAUGAUGACACAUUAGUUUAAUCUCAUCAAACUCUUGGGUUUAUUUCAAGACUGCCUGACAAAGAGCAGCAGGAGAUGUCCUCUGGGGAUUCGUGACAGCUAGCUGCUGAAAGACGAAACGUUCAUUUGAGGUUAGAAAACUGUCGCCAACUCAGGAGACUCUCAUUUCCUUUGAGGCGAAUGCAAAUGUGCAGUCAGGAGGGCGCUUGACUUUGUUUUGUCUAACAGCACAUGAGGUACAUUUCCUAUUUGAGAGAUUUUUGAGCUUGUACAGGUAUAAAAAUAACACAAACUGUGACUUUAAGACGCUAUAUAUUCACUCAGACACCAGUAACAUUAGCUCUAUUUUUACUGAGCGAAACAUUGAGCCGAAAGUUUAACAUUUCAUGACAGCUGAUCAAAAAUGGCGUUCCUCAAGGCCUGAAUAUAAACCUUUUUAGAAGUCUGUAAUUGAUUAAAGCUGGAAAAGUGCUUUAUUAUUUAUUCACACACUCACUGAGGAUGAAUGGAAACCUUUAUCUGCUCGCAACGAAUAAGAAAAAAUUAGAUUUUUGUUUUUCACCUCACAGAUAAGUCGAUUUUUGAACUCUUGUUUCAAUAUCAUGACUUUUUAUUUAAUUCUAUCCAACAAUUUUGACAUUUCCUGAUCGAUUUGACCUUCUAUCUCAAAAACACGAACUUUUAAAUCAAAAUGACGAGUUUGUCCAACAAUCUACAGUUUUUUUAUCCUCAUUAUGGAUUUUGUUAUCCUGAGAUAUUGUGUUUUCAUCGAAUGGGUUUCCAUUCAUUUGCAUGUAUAUGUUAAGUCAGGAAAAGUGACCUCAUAACCAGCUGUUUUAAAGACAGGAGGAAAUUUCCUUCACAAUGUAGCAGAAAACAAACGAGCUGAUGAAAAAAAUCUAUCCUGUUUCCUAUUCUGAGGUAUAUCUAUAUUUUCUCAAUGAUGAAUACAGCUGCUGCAAUUUUCAAUCAGAACUGACGCUUUUUUAAGGCUGUGUCAGUCAGUUAUGAGCUUCACCCACCAGAGGGCGACAGGUAUUCAUGUGUUGAGUACAGUGAGGGUCAGAAACAAGGAUUACACCACAAAGGUGGGACUGAAAUACUGACAUACGACCUGACUGUUUCAGAGGAGACGCUUUUUGUAUAACACUAAAUAUCGCCAAGACUGUGGAAAUCUGCUGAAUUAUCACACUGAGGAUCUGACGCAAUGAGCCGUUAGAUCAUAUGAAGCUGCUGCUGAGGUAUAUUUUCUAUUUGGGCAGAAAUGUAGCAGAGUUAGUUAGCAGGUAGAGGCAGAAAUAAAGGCGCACAAUCAACAGAAACACUCUAAACAAGAGGCCUGCAGCAGAACGAUGAUCUCAACACUAUUAUUUAUCUCACACUUUAUUCUUAAAACUACAGGAGCAUGUCGAUCCUGCAGUGUUAGUCCACUUUUUUCAUGUGUUUUUAGUGAAAAUGCACAAACAGACAUAAGUAUGUUUUAAUCAGGGAUGCACAAUACGUUUAUUUUUCUUAGAGAUUGGCAAAAAACAAGACAAACAUUAGAUCCUGCUAUAAAUUAAAAACGUAAAACAGAUAUUCAGAGAGGAGUGUUUACUGUUUAUGAUACUUCUGAUUACUUAAAUUUAGUCGUGUAUAAAAAACAUUUCAUAUCUUAGCUGUCAUUGGCGGCACAAAUUAAGUGGCAACUUUUUUUUGUUGAUGAUUAAUACGUUUUACAACUUUUUAUGUUAACAUCCGCUGCUAUCGAUCCUACACUGAUAUCGUGCAUCCCUGGUUUGAUUAUUUUUCUGUCCUUACUUGCCGUGUUCUUGUACGACUGAGUAUAGAAGCCACAUGAGAAAAAAAAUAUUAACUUUUUUUUUUUUUUUUUAAAGAUAAGAAUUUUUUUUUGUGUGAAUUUCAAGAAUUAAGUCAGUAAAAUUAUUUUCUUUAAGAGUUAAAUCGACCUCUUAUGGAGAAAGUUUGUUUUCUUUGUUGUUUUCUCAUGAAAAAAUAGUCCAAAUAAAAUCAUUUUUAGUAAUUAAUUAGUGGCAUAAUACUGUUUUAGAGGGGUCUUCCCAUGGUCUUGAUACUUGUAAUAAUGUGGUGCUGAUUUGCCAAAACGUAAAGUUCAAUUUUACGAGAUUCUUCAUGUCCUAAUUUUAGGACAGGCAGCUGGCUGCUCACUGUAAACCUAAACUACAAACUCAAAACGUCUUUAUUCUCAUAAGAUUUCAACUUUACUACAACUUUAUUUAUCUACCAACAUGCCUUUAGAAAAUGACUUUGCCAGCUCUUUAUUUGCAGAAAAUACAUUAGUUUAAUUUUUUCAAUCUUGACAUAAAAUGGUAAAUCUUUCUCAUGUGGUUCUUAAACUCGGUCUUACGUUUGAGAUAUUUAUUAUUGAUGUUUGCCUUUGUUUGGAGCUGGUUAAAUCAGCUUUUAAUGACCUCAAACAGGAAAACUGUAGCAUGAAAUUGUGUUUAGUGCUAAAAAACUACUUUUUUUGAUGUGAGAUCACUUUUAUUUUGUGGUGUUGUGUUUUGUUUCUCAUAUCUCUUUUUGGAAAAAGCAUUUCUUUUUUCUAUUUAUUUGUUCUUUUUUGUUUUAACACGAUACAAUGCCUGGUUUGUUUGAUGGAAUUUCUAUUAAAAGUACUCUGACCUUUAUUCUACCCGCAGCUCUGACUCAUUGUGCUUUCGCAGGAAUCAGUCGCUUGGUACAACCGCUGAUCAACAUCCCGAGUCGUCCCACGGCUGCAAAAUGCAGAAAUCCAAUUAAUUAACUUCACCAGAGGGAUUUGUAAUGACAAGUACUGUCAAACCAGGUUCUUGAAGUAUCACUUAAAUUGGACCUGAAGAAGCUGAAGGCGGGAUAAGCCGAGAACUUCGACGCCUGGAGUCUGAGAAACAAAUACAACACGGGAGAUUUGAGUCAUUUGAACUGGAAAUGUGUCAGGAGGGUUUGUGGGUUUGUUUGUUUGGCGUGUUAUUCAUACAGAGGAGGGACAACAAGCAGAUCUGUGGAGGAGUAUCGUUCGCCUAACACCUGACACAGUUGACAUGAACCUGUGGUGUAACCUGGCUUAAGAGGGGGGGUUUAAAGGCAUCUCUGCACCAGUGGCAUGUGAUGGGUGAUUACAGCGCGACGGCAGGCCAGCAUCCAAUUAAAAGCUCCUAUUUAGUAAUUAAGAUCUGUAUUAAAGUGGACUUUGGGGAAUUCUCAGAAACGUUCAAGUUUGACCUGGACUAAAUAAACCAACUUUUUCAGCUCCUGGUUAGAUAUUUUGAUUUGGUUUGAUCGGAUAUGAUUUUUAUUUUUACAUAUAAGGGUUUGAGAAAGUUGAAAAAUAAAACCAUAAAUAGGUGUUUGUGUUGGCGACUUAAGCCGCGCAAGUGUUGAUAGGUGAGCCGGCCAUCUGUCGGUAAAGUAGAGCACGUGUGACAUUCGGCGCUUGACGACCGUCAGAGGCAUUUUCUGUGGCAUUUUAGUGGCUAAGCCUGCAUUAUGGGGCUCAGUGAUGAGGCCGGCACGCGAGAGCCGGUGACACGCAACUCUGCACGCAGAUUGGACACACGAAUUAUUGUGUAUUUUUGAUGAUAUGUGGUGUUUCGGCUUUCGGCUUAGUUUUCCCCCAACUUUAAUUCAACAUUUUCUACAUUUACGCUCUUCUCAAAGCAACAUGUAGACUAAAAACAGGCAAUAAUCCAAACGGACUUGAUUCGUCCUGCUGAGUAGGACUCAAGUCGAUCACCCUGUCCCAAUGGUGUUGCUUUUCCUCUCUGUCCCGGGUGCUAAUAAUGUGGCAGAAGGUGCAGAAAUGUAAGGCGGGGGGUGGCUUGUGUGGAUCAGGAGAGGCAGGUUUGGUGAGGUAAAGUGGGGUUUACAUCGACAGCUUUGGGGAGUGGAGGCUUAUCUGGGUCAGGGAGCUUUACGACAUAAGCAAUUAGGGCUGCCCUCUCUUGUGUACGCUAGCAGGAGGGAGGCCUCCCGCCAUCUAGAUUAGCCGCCCUGCUCAGGCCGGGGAGAGCUCGCCGGCUUCUGGACGGUGGAGGGAACCAGCUGGAGGGCGAGAUCAGGGGGCGGCGGGGGGUUCCUCAAGAGGAGGGAGGGGAGGGGUCAGAACACAGGCGUUGUAGACACACGGGCUCUUCUGGGUCAGCGAAUGGGUGAGAAAUGAAGGAGGCGGUGACCCGUGCUGAUGAGAGGAAUUCACAAAAUGAAACGUGGCGGCGAAUGAAUCGUCUGUUUGUCCUCGGUAUAGCAUGUUGAACAGCCGUCUGAAGAGAAAAGGUCCAUAGAGGAUGUUCAUGCCACUCAGCUUAACUUCAGUGAUUUCAACUAAUGAGCCACUUGACUGGAAGGAUUUGCAAGUGAUUAAAGCAAACGCUUCAGAGAAAUGGUUCAGGAGAUCUUUACAGUUAUCAGACGAUGAAUUUAGGAACCCGAGAUGUAAAUUUAUCCCAACAUUGAUGUCACGACUAAGCUUCGGUCUUUCUGUCACAAAUAAAGGUCGGAUAACGUCAGCGAGUGGGCGUGGAGGACUUUUACUAAACACCACAGAGUCCUGACGUUAUAUCUGUCUCAGGCUGUGGAUCUGUGUCCCUGCCAGAGGACCAAGCUUUUGACCUCAAGGCCUAAAAAGCUCAUAAACAAGAGUCUGGCCUCCAUAAAAUCACUCCUACAAACAAACAAAGAUGUCCUGGUGUAGUCUAGUUUUUUUAAGGUGAAGUCUGUAACACCUGAGUUUGUUAUUUUAAUACUUCAAUUCUUCAUACAUUUGGAACUGAUAUUGAUUAAAUGUAUUUCUGGUAGAGAUGCAAUGAUGAAUUUUUUUCCGAUCCAUUCCGAUACCUGGGCUGAGCGUAUCGGCCACUAUCCAAUACGAUCCAAUACUACUGUUGAAUGAAUGAACUGUAUACCUUGCCCUGUGA